AUGCCCUACGUCCCAGACACCAUUUUGAACCUUUAUGAAAAGGUCCAGGACCUCCUCGAUAGGUCAAAGAGAUCAUGGCUUGCAGCGUGCGAGGCAUGGAAUGAGGAGCCGCCAUCUAGGAUUGCAACACCUACGACUACUACUGAGCUACUAGUACGCAAGAAAAGGAUCACGAGGCCAAAAAAGAAGAAGCUCAAGAUUAGCAGCUCGUGCCAUCAGCUUGGGCCGUUGACCAGUAUCUUUGUCGAAUCUACUGCGGUGGCUGUGACGAGAGCUCAAAGUGUCGCUGGUGUGUCCAGCGAUGGCUCUCGAUUGGUUAUCUGGGCCGAUGCUUCGAACACGAAGAACUCUUCUGGCUUUUCCAUGGCAUUUCUAACUGGCUCUAACUGGGUUCGCGUUACUGCAAAAGGACGCGGCACUUCUACGGAGGUUGCAGAACUUGAGGCUAUUUGUCUUGCGCUGGAUUAUGCGGUGCAAGUCACCAAAAUGCAGAAUGAAAACGUCAAUCCUUUACGAUCCGUCGAAGUUUUCACCGACAGUCAAUCCGCCUUGAAUCUCCUAAGGGUGACGAAUAGACCCAUGGUUACCACUGAACCUCACGGAAAUGCACAAGUCAGCAAUCCUAACACCAAAAAGGGGAUCAGAAAACGAACAAUAGAGAAAGUCUGUGUCAUGAUAGAUGGACUUCGAGAAGUUGGAGCAAUGGUCGAGUUGCACUGGGUCCCACGGGGCAAAGCCAUAGGCAAUGUCAUUGCUGAUGAGGGGGCAGCAAUGGCAAGAAUGGGGUUGGCAUCAUAUCACACCCCCAACAACGUUCUCGUCGAGCUUCUGCCUGGAGAUGAACAGCAACUCGACAGCGAACAUGGUAUGACUGUUUUCUAUGGUCCUCAGCUCAAGCGAGUCCACCGCCACUAG